AUGCAAGAGAAUGGAUUUGACCAAGAUUAUAAUAAACUAGAAAAUCAUUAUUUUGAACAGCUCACAGGAAUUAUUCAGAAUAUGACUGCAAAUUCAGGUGGUAUUACACCUGUUGUCUGGCAGGAGGUAUUUGAAAAUGGUUUUCGUGGCAAUGCUAACACUGUCAUUCAUGUUCAGAAUGAGUCCAAUUGGGAAAAUCUAGUAAAAUCGAUUAUAUCAACUGGUUAUGAGGUGAUCAAUUCAGCGUGUUGGCAGGAGAUUGAAAAUGAUUUUGCACGGAAUGGGGAGAAAUUGUACAAUUGUGAUCCAACUGAAUUUGAAGGUACUGAUGAAGAGGCCGCGAUGGUUACCGGUGGAGAAGCGAUAAUCUGGGGAACAUAUGUUGAUGAUAUCAAUCUCUUCAUAGAGGCGUGGCCACUAACCGCUGUUGUUGCUGAACGUCUAUGGUCUCAUAAUGCAAAUGACUUUGGUGAAUUUUUGAAAAGAUUGGAGAAACUUCGAUGUCGAAUGAGAGUGUAA